AUGAAAUUCUGGCUAUUAGCUUCUUUGGAUGACUUAACUCCUUGGUAUGCCGAUUUUAAAAACACUUUUUUAUCACUUCGGGGUAUUACUGAAUAUGAAACCUUUGAUCAUCCAGUAGCUACGAUGAUCGUCAUUUCUUCGACUAAUCCUGAUCCUGUCAGCACAAUUAUGCAACUCUAUAAUCCAAAUGUACCUUCUUUUACGAUUGAUAAGCCUUAUGUAGAUACAAAUAUUCUGAGAUAUUAUGUUGUACUUCAUGAUUCAAAUCUUACAACACUUGAGCACUCUAUGGCUGUAUUUGAAAAGUUAAAACGUACAGUAGGCUUACAUUGCUUCUUACUUAAAAUAAAUUCCAAGCCUAGAGAUCCAACAGAUAACGAUAAUAUAGAGGAUAAAUCAGAGGAUGAUAUUCGAGCUAUUUGGGAAGAAGGAUUAAGUGAAAUGUAUCAUAUUGAAUCUAUGUUACAUUCAUAUACAGCUAAUUUAUCUUCAACUAUGUCAAUGGUUGGUGUAGAUCCUACUGACAGUUCAUCUACGUCUAUUUCUUCUACUGUAUCAACACCAAUAUCAGUUACCCCAGGUCAUUCUCGUUCUGUGUCAGUCUCCUCCAACCGUAGCAGUAAUAAUAGCUCACCACUUCCUCCCGCUACAGUGAUUCAAGGAACAUCCAUUCAGUCUAUACCCGUUGAUUUACUUGAUGAAAAAUCUGAAGACACAUUAUCUUCAACCCUUUCUCCUUUAUUAUCCGAAACGACUACAGUUCAAUAUGGGCGAUGCUUAAGAAAUGAAGAUAUCAAUAAUGUAAAAACAAUGAUUAGAGAAUUUGUAAUACAAAGUUUAAUUCCCUUCAUGGAACGUAAUAUCCAACACUGGAACGAGCAAGUUGCAUCAGUACGUCGAGGCCUAACAGGACGUCUCUUUGGUGCUAGCCGACGAUUCUUUGGCUCCUCCACGCGAUCACCAGCACUACAGUCGGUACAAACAAUAUCAGCUCAAGGACCCAACGUGCCCUUUGGUGUCAACACAAUUAUGAUAUACCCUGCUUCUUCUCCAGAGGCCCAAAUGCGUAAAUUAGCCGACUACGCUUUUAUGCUUCGAGACUAUAAAUUUGCAUACACUAUCUAUGAUACAGUUCGUCGAGAUUAUGCAACCGAAAAGACAUAUGCAUAUCAUGCAGGUUCACAAGAAAUGAUGGGUAUUUGUUUGUUAAUGAUGUCGCCAUUGCAAACAAACAAAAUGGAUGUUGAUCGACAUUUCGAAUUAGCUAUACAGCAAUACUUGGGACGAUGUAGAUCGCCCUUUCAUGCAACACGAGCAACAAUCAUGUAUUAUGAGUUGCUAAAAGGACGUCAGAUGUGGAAAGAGAUCCCAACAGCACUUGUUCGCAUGACGGGUGAGGACUCAGAUCUUCGUUCAGGCCUUUUCCUUGAACAAGCUGCACAUUGUUUUUUGAGAGCACAUCGACCGAUGGUACGUAAAUACGGCUUUCAUCUCGUUAUGGCUGGCCAUCGUUAUGGUAAAGCAGGACAACGUUUACAUGCUUAUCGCGCCUAUCAGAUGGCUGCAGAUGUUCUUGAGGGACACAAUUGGUCAUUAGCGCAAUCGCAUGUUCAAUUUGCUUUAGGACGUCAGGCAUUCCAUUUAGGACGAUUGAAAGAUGCUGUUGCGUGCUUUUCAAACGUUUUAUCUGAUAAUGUCAAACAAACAGCACAACAACAAGCAGCACACAUGCGUGAAUUUUUAUUUAUUUAUCAACAAUAUACAGAAGCCGUAGGACUAAAUCCUUUGAAAGCAUCGUUGCCUCAUUUAUUUCUGCCAAUUAUUGAUGACCGCGAUAUUCAGGUAACGUUAUCUAAUGCGCAACCAAAGACCUCUCAGAGGGAAGAAUGGGCACAUAUGGAAUUAGCAUUAUUAGAGGAUAGUAUUAAACAUGGUUAUAUUUCAAGUUCUAAACGUGCUAUGGCUGUUCAACAACAAGACGAUCAUCGUAUAGUAUGUGCUGUUGGAGAACCUGCUAUUGUUCAUAUUGAUCUAUUCAAUCCUCUUCAGAUAUCUAUUUCUUUAAGUCAUGUUAUGUUGGGUUGUCAAUAUCAAACAUCUAUCGAUGCUCAAGAAUCAAAAAUGGAUACAUCUGAAGAAAUGCCGGAAUGUAAACAGAAGCAAGAUUCAAAUUCUGAUAUAUUUAAUUUUGAUUAUUUUUCAUUACAAAAGUUAGAUGAAAUAACAUUAGAGCCCUUAGAAAAGAAAACAAUCAAUUUAAAAAUUGUGCCUCAUCAUGAAGGAAGUAUUCAAGUGACUGGUUUACAUUACACCUUAAAUGAGCUUGUACAUACAUUUAAACCCUUCUCUAAAAAGGGAAAACGACUAAAUAGAACAAAAGAAGAAAUGAUGUCUGCUACAUACGCAGCUGACCGAUCUUUAGAUAUACUUGUUACAUCACCUAUGCCCCUCUUAGACCUCGUAUUCCAUCAUGUUCCAGACUCUAUUUUAUCAGGUGAAGUUAUACAAACCGUUUUAGAGAUUAAUAAUAAGGGAAAUAAAGGGUUAACAUUACUUCGACUGAAAACAAGUCAUCCCAGUUUUGUUUGUGUCGGUGAUCCUGAGGAUAUGGAUAAAGAUAUUUACGCUGUAGAUAAUUCAACGCCUAAUGAAAUAGAAAUUAACAAUCAAUUGUUUGAUUCAAGUGUUGUUACAAUCCCAUUACCAGCUAAAGAACAUAGUCAUGAACAUGGUAUUGUUUUGCCAGGUGAAACAACUCUUGUGCCAUUCUGGAUUCGUGGUGAUCGUAUUGGAACGCAUACAUUUAAGUUUUUAUUCUCUUAUCAAUCAAAUGAAGAUAAUGUGAUGAUAGCACAUCGUACAUUACGAUAUACAAUGCACAUUCAAGUCCUGCCUUCAUUAAAAAUCAAUGCCUUUACAAGGCCAAGUACUACAACUGUGAAUGAAUACAUAUUGGGUAUUGAAAUUGAAAACCUUCAAACUGUCGCGAGUUUCGACUUGACACAAUUAUUGAUAGCAAGUCCCUCAUGGUCUAUAUAUCCACUAAGUAUUGACAUGACUUCAACUGAGGAUAUAUUAGCCAAGACAAUGAUUCCACCAAGGCAGACCACUUUUACCUUUUAUAAAUUACGUCGAAAAAUCGAUAUACAAGGAAAUUAUUCAAGUCCUGAAGCAUGGACUUCUGAAGCACUUGGUGCAUUGUUGAAAACGUCAGAUACCAAAUCUCAAAGAUCUCCUCCCCCUAUUCAACUUGAAAUAUCUAAGCUGUCUUUUGUAAGAAAAAAUGCAAUUAUGCUUGUAUAA